AUGGUCAAAGAGUGGUGCCCCCAGUGCAAGGCCCCGUUUUCGCACCUCUACACCCACCGUCACCUGGACGGCACCCCGUCGGACUACCCCCUGGAGGAGGGCGUCACGCUCCUCAAGCGCGCCCGCUGGUUUGUGGACGAGCACGAGGCCCGGGAGAAGGCCAAGGCCGCCGCAGCCGGCGCGCGGCGCCUGGCGGCCGCCGACGCGGAGAGGCGCGCGGCGGCGGCUGCGGCUGCGGCGGCGGACGACGCCGACCGCUACAAUGGCGACGGCGAGGGCCCUCCAUCCCCGCGCGACUGGUGUGACAUGUACGAGGACAUGCUGGACGCUGAGCUGGAGGAGGACGAGGCGAUUGAGGACUACUACUUCUCCUCGGCCGCGGGCCGCGCGCGUAUCGUGCUGGGCAACCGCCGCUGGGGUGGGGGCGGUUUCAUGCGCAACGGCCGCAUGUAUGCCCGCCCCGUGAAUUCCGGCGGUGCGAGCGGGAGCGGCGCCGGCGGCAGUGCUGGCGCGAGCACCAGCACCAGCACCGGCGCAGCGGAGCAGCAGUGCGCACCCGCAGGCGGCAAGGGCAAGGGCAAGGCCAAGCACACCUCUCGCCCAGCAGCGCCAACGGCAGCUAGCGGCGAGUCGCCCCAGGAGAGCGGCGGCAAGGGCAAGGGGCGCGCUGGCGGCGGCGUGCCGCCCCCUGGCCUUCCAUCACCCGGCUGCACGGCGCGCCCGAAGAUGCCCAAGAGCACGCAGGCGCUCCACGCGUGGGAGCGGGACGUCGCGCCCGCCGUGGCAAUGGGCACUUCGCCGCUGGGGCGUUCCCCCUGCAGCUUUGGCAGCAACUGUGGGCGGUGGAUGGAGGCGGCUGGCGCGGCGCUUGGGACGUCGCCGGGGGCUUGCGCGGGCUCGGCGCCCGGGUCGGGCCGGCGUGCCAAGCGCAACGCAAGGCGUGCGGCGGUCGACAGCGGCACCGUUGGGUCUUUGGACUUUGACUGA